AUGGCUGAACCACCGGGUGGCGUCGAGCUGGAGGGCGAGGUACUCGGCAAUCCUGGUCCGUCUGACUGUGAUGAUGACCUUACAAGCUCUUGCAUUGCAUCGCGCAGUGUCUGCAGGGCCUUACUGAUCGAUGAAGUGCGCGCCACAGAUUUCUACAACUGGAACCGGGUGAAGAUCCGCUACUGCGACGGCGCUUCCUUCGCCGGCGAAGGCUUCGACAAGGAGAAUGGGUUUUACUUCCGGGGCCAGCGCAUCUGGGACGCCGUCAUCCGGCACCUCCUCUCCGUCGGGAUGGCCUCGGCAGACCAGGUGCUGCUCACCGGCUGCUCUGCCGGCGGCCUGGCGGUGGUAAUCCACUGCGACGAGUUCCAGGCCUUCUUCCCGCACACCGACGCCGGCGGCCGGGGCACCACCGUCAAGUGCCUCGCCGACGCCGGUCUCUUCCUCGACGCUGCUGAUGUCUCCGGCGGCCGCAGCCUGAGAUCCUACUACUCCGACAUCGUGGCCAUGCAGGGCGUGGCUCCCAACCUGCCGCCGGCCUGCACCGCCCGGCUCGACGCCACCUCGUGCUUCUUCCCUCAGAAUGUCAUCGACGGCAUAAAGACCCCAAUCUUCCUGCUAAACGCAGCGUACGACGUCUGGCAGAUACAGGAGAGCCUGGCGCCCAACGGAGCUGACCCUGGCGGCGCCUGGCGAGCCUGCAAGUCCAACCGCUCCGCUUGCGACGCGUCCCAGAUGAAGUUACUGCAAGAUUUCAGGGACCAGAUGGUCGCAUCCGUGAGAGGCUUCUCCGGUUCCGGAAGCAACGGCCUGUUCAUCAACUCCUGCUUCGCGCACUGCCAGUCCGAGCUGCCGGCCACCUGGAGCAACGCAGCAGCCGGCUCCCCCGCCAUUCAGAACAAGGGGAUCGCGAGGUCAGUUGGAGAUUGGUACUUCGGGCGAGCUCAAGUGAAGGCGAUCGACUGCCCCUACCCCUGUGAUGGAACUUGCCGCCACAUCAUAUGACAAGAUCCGAUCCUGUGUGGACUUGUGGUUGUACGCCUCGUAUAUUCGUAUGCGUUCAACGGAGUGCGCAUCACGUUGAUUUGUGAGACACAUAAGAAAGCAUGCAAAAGGGUGGAGAGCCGGGCAUGUACAACAGUUAAACAGUUAGACAGCAGCUGCCUAUAUAAAUUCACGUAAGAAAAAUGAGCUGAUGUGGCCAUCAUUAAACGAGGAGAGAGUGUGUUGUUGUCUA